CAAUAAUUCAAGCAAGGUAUUAUUAUGAGAUCUAAAAUUCAAAUCUUAGUUAAUUGAGGUAAAUAUCUUUUUUUUUUUUUUUAUGUAUUAAUCAUUAUUCUAAAAAUUAGUAAUAGUCAGUGAUUUACCUCUUCCGUAUUGACUCUGGAAUGAAUUGACGGAGACUGGACGAACGUAUUCGCCUUGCCAUCAAGAAUAAUUCAAGUAAAGAAGGCCCUCUCUCUGUUAGUGGUUAACCUAAUUAUAAUUCUCUGAGGGGAAUUACAGGAAGGAAGAGCUGCCAUGGCAAGUAGUGGAGAGGAGACGUCUGUCAUGGACGAGCUUGGAGGAGGAAGAGGUGAUGACCAUGAAGAAAACGGAGGGAGCUCGAGUAACAGCACGGUCGAGGAGAGCGAUCGCCAUCGGAGGAUCGCCGGAGUGCGGCAGUAUACGUCAGGUCAAAGAACCCGAGGCUCCGGUGGACGCCCGAUUUGCACCUUUGCUUCGUUCGCGCAGUCGAGAGGCUCGGUGGCAAAGCCACGUGCAUGCAUAGGAGCAACACCAAAGCUGGUUCUUCAACUGAUGAAUGUAAAGGGCCUCAGCAUAGCUCAUAUCAAGAGUCAUCUGCAGAUGUAUAGAAGCCAGAAGCUGGAUGAUUACGAUCAAGUCAUGGAGCAUCCACAAAUUAUGCUACAAGGCACUUUCAAUCACUCUCCAGUUCUGCAUACUUGCUAUAACAACUCGAGGUAUUGGAUAUUCCAAAACCAAAUCCUGGGAAGAGCCAUGAGUGAUGCUGCUAAUUGUGCCAAAAAAGACAGAGAAACCAUUUCCCAACAUGCUCAAGAGGGAAGCCAGGAGCCUGAUCUCACUCUGUCUCUAAGUAUUGGAUUAUCAGAGAAGGAUAAAAGACCCAAAACUUUCGAAGAAGAGACAGCUAGAGAUCAUAGCAAGUUAGCACUCUCUUUGUUUACUUCAUCUUCUUCAAAACAGGUGGCCAUGCCAAGGAAUCCAAACCUGACUCAGCAGGUUAGGAGAAGAGAUUAAUUAAUUAAUUAAUUAAUUAAUUAAUUAGAGGUUGAAUGAGUAGCAAGUACUAUGGAUCUGACUGCAUGAUCAUGCAAUGCUAUGAGAUGCUUAGUACUUUACUUCUUUUAACUUGAAUUUAUGUAUAUUGUGCAUUACAAUAGGAUAACAGAUAGAUCAACUGCCUGUGUACGAGUAUGAAUUAAAUGGCAUGAAAUUGAUGAGAUGUAAAUAAAUAUUAUGUUAA